AUGUCAGGACGUGGUAAAGGAGGAAAAGGUUUGGGAAAGGGCGGUGCUAAGCGCCAUCGUAAGGUAUUGCGUGAUAACAUUCAAGGUGUUACCAAACCAGCCAUAAGAAGGUUGGCACGCAGAGGUGGUGUUAAGCGUAUAUCUGGUUUGAUAUACGAGGAGGUUAGAGGUGUACUUAAGGUUUUCCUUGAGAACGUUGUCAAGGAUUCCGUCACCUACACUGAGCACGCUCGUAGGAAAACAGUCACUGCCAUGGAUGUCGUCUAUUCACUUAAGAGACAAGGCAGAACCCUUUACGGUUUUGGUGAUUCAAAUUAUUUUGUAAGGAAUUUCAAAAGUCUCAAGAAUUUUUUUUCUAAUCGCAAUUCACAUGACAGUAACUACAAUUUGUACAAUAGUAUUGCCAAUAAUGGCACACUUCAAACAAGUACAGAGUUAAAAUAUGAAGACUCUCAUGAGUUAAGGGGAAAACAUCUUAUUAUUGUCUGUAACUGGAAGUGUUAUUUGAACAAUGAAUUGGCUAACAAGUUUAUCCGUUUGUACGGAAAGCUUAAGUUUCCUAGGAAUAUAGAGAUUAUAACUUGCCCAGCUUCGAUACACCUGAACUCUAUGGUCGCACACUACCGUGAAAUUAACAGCAGUUGUGUGCCCUGUAGUCAGAAUGUUAGCGACCGUUCUAAAAGUUUCGGCCCAUAUACUGGCGAAAUAACAGCCGGGAUGUUGAAAGAUCUUGGAGUAAACUGGACAAUUGUUGGACACAGAGAAUCCGAAAUUAGUGAAAACACCACUAGUAAAAACACAAAAAUCGUGAACAAGAAGGUCAUAAACGCCUUCAACGCAGGAUUAAAUGUUAUCCUUUGCAUAGGUUCGAAUUUUAAAAUUCCUCAAAUUCACACAGGUGAACCAGAGAACUUCAACUCUAACAUACCGAAACAUUUAUCGCAGGAACUGCAGGAAUGUCUGAACGGCUUGGACUUGAACGGAGGGCAGAGACUAGUAGUGGCGUACGAGCCUCAAUGUUCAGUGGGAACGGAGAAGCCGGCAGACCCCGAACUAGUGAGUAAAGUAAUAGAAGAAUUACGAGCCUCAAUGGGAGAAAGAGGAAGGAUGAUCAAAUUCAUAUACGGAGGGUCAAUAGACGGAAAAAAUGCAGUAUCGUACCUGAAAAGAAAGGGAAUUGACGGGAUCAUGGUUGGAAGGGCUGCACAGGAGGAAAGUUUCAUGAAUCUGCUAGAAAAUAUAAUAAAGAUGAGUAGGGAUUACUAA